AUGACGAAGCAAAAACUCGUGAAAAAUGAACCUUGCUUCAAUCGUCGUGAUCCAACUCCGGUGAAUUAUAGUCAUCACAAACGGACUUUGAAAAUGGACACAAGUCCUCAUCGUGAAUUAUUAAAGUGGAAGACGACAGAAGUCGGCAAAAAGUAUAAAUCCACUCUUCAAGUAUCUGGUCCCAAUCGAUCAGUGGGUAAUUACACACUGAUCUCUCCUGAUGCUGCAGAAACCGAAAAUGCUUCUGAAGCUGAAGAACGAAUGGACGAUAGUGGCGAGCAGGAAAAUAAUAGCGAUGAAGAUAUUAUUUGGGAAGACGAUGACGUUGACGAAGAAGAUAAUCUUAAUGAAGAAGGCGACCUGUCACAAGAAACUUUGACAGCAGUCGACGAUCGUUAUACUGCGGACGUAGGUGAUGGUAACCUGGAAUUAGCUUUGCCUGAUCUUAAUGGCCUUGAAGUGGUCGAUGGCAAACCCCUUGUACAGGAAAAGGAUGAAGUCUUCGAUCCAGAUGCAGUUCGUACACUUGGCAUUUGUUGCAAAUGCCAACGAGAUACUGAUGGCUUUGCAAUGAGCUACGAGGAUGCAUCGCCAUGCUGUGGUCAUAGCUUAUGCAGUGAAUGUAUCACUCGUCACAAGAAUUGUCCCCGAUGUAAGAAGGCAAUACACAUGCAUUGUCCAGCACAUUUAUAA